CCUCUGCAGCAAAGGUCAAGAUUGCUGCAAUGGCUGCCGCAGAUGCUCGUCAAGCGUUAGACGACAAAAUCAUGCUCAAUCCAGCUCCGCAAGAUCUCGAUGAAGUCCAAAUGCAAGACUGGCGAGACAGACGUCAGCAGAUUGCUGAUCGACUUCGCCAAAAAAACACCCAGGAUUUUGAAACUGUUAUUCCUAACAAGGAUCGGUGCGAUGAAACUGUAGGAGAAGCUGCUUGAGGUUUCAUUCCACAAGCGAGGGAUGGAUGUCUUUAUAUAGACAUCCAUCUCUGCAAAGUACAAAUAAGGAAAUAGGUGGGAAGAUACAACGCGGUGAUGUCAGAGACAUCGAGAUAAAGCUAGGAUGGCCGGAUCCGUUGGUACUUGGAUCCGGUUGACAACAUUGGUAGACGAAUCCGGGGGAUUUGUCGAUAAGAGAAAUGAGAGUACAUUUAAAAAGCACACAAAGUAAAAGGAAAAGCAUUCUUGAGAAAGCGGUGAGGAAAGAAACAGGUAACAAAGAGAACAAUGGGAUUCAGGGUAUCACAUCACCCCCUUUUUAAGUAUGGAAACUUCCUAGUUUUCAGCACGGUUUUCAUUGUGUUGUAUUUCGUCGUUUAAUACCUCCGACGCGCCGUGCAAGUAGUAAGAGAGAGCGCCCAAAGCUCUGGCGGAGAAGUC